AAGGGGUCCUCGUUGCCUCUGAGGCGCUCCUAAACUGCCUGUUCGCGCGAGAGUUUGGAGAGGCGGGUUUAGGGUCAGUUUCCCGUGGGGACUCGCAUGGCACCAUCGGAUCCCUGCUUAGGUGCCUAGUUAGGUGCGGUCCGCUGGGCCAGGCAGUCCCUGGCCACCCUGAACCUGGCGGGCGCUGAAUCGCUCUGGAGAAACCGGGACAGCCUCGCUCCUCCCAGACAGCUGCUAGGGCUGGAAGCCACAGAAAACAAAGUGAGAGUCCGGCGGCUUUCCUGAGCCACGGCGGCGGCCGUGGGAGCAGAGGUGGAGCGACCCCAUUACGCUAAGGAUGAAAGGCUGGGGUUGGCUGGCCCUACUUUUGGGGGUCCUGCUGGGAACUGCUUGGGCUCGAAGGAGCCAGGAUCUACACUGUGGAGCUUGCAGGGCUCUGGUGGAUGAAUUAGAGUGGGAAAUUGCCCGGGUGGACCCCAAGAAGACCAUUCAGAUGGGAUCCUUCCGGAUCAAUCCAGACGGCAGCCAGUCAGUUGUAGAGGUACCUUAUGCCCGCUCAGAGGCCCACCUCACAGAGUUGCUCGAGGAGGUGUGUGACCGCAUGAAGGAGUAUGGGGAACAGAUUGACCCUUCCACCCACCGCAAGAACUAUGUCCGUGUUGUGAGCCGGAAUGGAGAGUCCAGUGAGCUAGACUUACAGGGCAUCCGAAUUGAUGCAGAUAUCAGUGGCACCCUCAAGUUUGCGUGUGAGAGCAUCGUGGAGGAGUAUGAAGAUGAACUUCUUGAGUUCUUUUCCCGAGAGGCUGACAACGUUAAAGACAAACUUUGCAGUAAACGAACAGAUCUUUGUGACCAUGCCCUGCAGAGAUCUCAUGACGAGCUAUGAAUCACUGGAGCAGCUGAGACCAACUUGAUGGAACACCCCCAGGAGGGGACUAUGGUGGCAUUGCCUUUUUCUUAUGUUUUUAUGGAAAUGAACUGAAAGAAUGUCUGGAACCAAAA